AUGUCAUUUCUAACCCCCGCCUUUGCCAAUCCUCUCGGCCGUCGCAGCGGCUUCAUACUAAACGGUCGUGCGUCUCCGCCGGACCUGACGCGCAAUUCGCCGCGGUCGUUGGCCGAUAGCAUCAAGCAGCACGGGGGAUCAAUAACCCCGUACAAGAUCACCCAUGCAGUCUCUGUAUUCGCACUCUUCGUGACACACCUGGCUAGCUCCAUUGAGCUCAGCAGGCCCAACUCGAGCGAGCGGGGACGCGUGUAUAGAAGCAAGUGGUCAACGUGGUUUGGUGCAUCACCUACAGCUACAUCCUCAUUCUAUCUCCGUGCACUCGUACUUCUCUGCGACUUCGCCGUGUGCGCUUUCCGGGACCUACAACCUCUCACGACAAGUCUGACGGAUGCUCAAACUUGA